UGAAAAACUUUGUCUCCUUAUACUGAGUAGAGACUGAAGAGCUAUACCCCAUGUCCUGACCAGAGCAAGGAAACUCUGAGAGUGAAAAGUUUCUGAUUAAUACAGACUAACUAAAUCUACAUAAACCUGUUCGGAGGUUAUGGCUGAUAAUUCCAAUCCUGGAACCCUCAAUGAUAAUUCAGAACGACUCUUCUCCUUUGGAGUAAUAGCAGAUAUUCAAUAUGCUGACUUAGAAGAUGGAUACAAUUUCCAAGGAAGCAGGCGGAGGUACUACAGACAUAGUCUCCUUCACUUACAGGGCGCCAUUGAAGACUGGAAUAAAGAAAGCAGCACACCCUGUUGUGUCCUCCAGCUUGGAGAUAUUAUUGAUGGCUAUAAUGCACAGCAUAAAACAUCAGAAAAGUCUCUAGAACUUGUUAUGAACACAUUCAAAAUGCUUAAAGUGCCAGUUCAUCAUACAUGGGGAAAUCACGAAUUCUACAACUUCAGUAGAGACUAUUUAACACGCUCUAAACUUAACACAAGGUUUCUAGAAGAUCGGAUUGUACAUCAUCCUGAGACCAUACCCUCAGAGAAUUAUUAUGCAUAUCACUUUGUACCAUUCCCUAAAUUUCGGUUCAUUUUACUUGAUGCUUAUGACUUGAGUGUCUUAGGCGUGGAUCAGUCUUCUCCAAAAUACCAGCAGUGUAUGAAGAUACUGAGGGAGCACAAUCCAAAUACGGAAUUGAAUAGUCCUCAAGGACUUUCUGAGCCCCAGUUUGUCCAGUUUAAUGGAGGAUUCAGCCAAGAACAACUGAACUGGUUGAACGAAGUUCUUACAUUCUCUGACACAAACCAAGAAAAGGUGGUGAUUGUGAGCCAUCUUCCCAUUUACCCAGAGGCCUCUGACAGCGUGUGCCUGGCCUGGAACUACAGAGAUGCUUUGGCAGUCAUUUGGUCUCACAAGUGUGUGGUGUGUUUCUUUGCUGGUCAUACUCAUGAUGGUGGCUACUCUGAGGAUCCUUUUGGUGUGCACCAUGUCAAUCUAGAAGGAGUUAUUGAAACAGCUCCAGACAGCCAAGCCUUCGGCACAGUUCACGUCUAUCCUGACAAAAUGAUGUUGAAAGGGAGAGGAAGAGUUCCAGAUCGAAUUAUGAAUUAUAAGAAGGAAAAAGCUCUCGAUUUUUAGUCUGAUUUGUUCUGUUUGCCUUUGUAGGAAGAGAAUGACUCUUGUAUUUGUCCCUACCAUAUAAAAAGAAAAACAAUAAAAAUUCUCAAUCCCAUCAUUCAGUAUUCUGCUUUCAUACCAAAAUGUAUUUAUGGCUUCAGCAUGUUAGUUGAUAAAAUAUUCAGAAGUGUCAUUUUUGGAUAUCAUUUCCAGUGCUGAAAGUCAGAAACAGAAUAAACCAGAGAGGAGAUGAUGCUGGGGACAUCUACUACUGAUAAGGAACUUAAUUUGACCUUACCUGAUUUCUUGUUUUUGUUUUACAAGGAGAGUAUAUUCAUGUGUUAACUAUAUAAUUUAAAAUUCAUGAUAUAAAUAAAAUUCAGGGAACC